AUCAAACCUAUUUGGUUUGCUUCUCUUAGCGUGCCUCACGGCGUAGCAAUGGCCAAGAUGGAGACUAAGAAGGUCUUCGUGGCUUCCGUGUUUGAAUUCACCGAUGUUGGCGCAGAGGAACUCAAUGCGAGGUUCAAGGAUGCUCACGAUGAUCCUGACAAUGCUCCGUUUGUGACCUUCGAGAAGGCCUUACAUGUUCGUAUUCCUCUUGUGGCUCAGAACUUACUUGACAGAUCUUUGCUGACUGCGCCGAAGACCUUCUCUACGGAAACGGACCGAAAAGACAAGGACACUAUAUACGAGCUGUUAGCCCAGAUGUCAGGCUACAUCGACUACAACGUUGGUCGUGACUUGGCUUUUGACGAUGAACCACGUAUUCGUCCAAUGGAAGGCACAGUCAUAGAUGUUUUCAUACGGGAUGACAGAUCUUAUGGAAACGGCUUACUUGACUAUGCGUCCGAGGAUGAAUCUGACGGUCAAGACGCCUUGGAAAGUCUUCAGCACCUCAUCACCUACUGGAAACCGCAGUGUGGAGAUAUCACAAUCUUGCCUGAGACUUACUCACGAGAGAUUUCUCGCUUGACUGGUACAACACUCUUUGCUGAGGAAGCAGAGAAGAGAUACCGCCUGUUUCAAGGGAACUUUCGCCUGGCCCUUGAAAAGCUUCAGAGACUUGAGCCAUUGUUGGAGAUCAUUAAGAAGCAGCAGAAUAGCCUAUCCCUCCUCGCUACGGGAAACCUACUGAUUUGGCCCCCCAAUCAGGCAGAUGCGCGCAUUGAAUAUGUCGACAUGCACUCUGAUCACCCCUCCUACCUCCGUGUUAUAGUCAAUAAGGCAGAACAAACCCUCUUUAGGAAAGUGAUUGGAGAGUUCCGGCCUUACAAACUUGACGACGAAACAUUCGAUAUUCCAAACAAAUUCCGGCAUAUCGACCUCUCAGCUACGAAUGAGAUACAAGCAUCGAAGAUAUGCAGGAUUAACAUGGAACCUAUUAUCACCUCAAAUCCGUCUUCAAAAGUUAACAGUGAAGAAACUACAGUCGAUCUGGACACUGGCGAGGCACGAAUAGCUGCAUGGACAAGCAAAGUGGUCAGUGGUGCUGACCCUGAAAUUGCGCCUGAGCUACCAGUCGACCCAGCGCAGCCCAGUCGGCGCAGAGUCGUACUAGACUCCGAUGAUGAGGAUGACGAGCCUCCCACUUCGAGUGCGCCUACACUGGCCGUCAAUAAGCUCUCGACGUCUCCGCAUGCUGAACGAGGGCCAAGCAAAGAUAAGUAUCUCGAAGAUGCGACCCUGGUAUCGCUUGUUUCCUCUGCUCGAUCGACUUCGGUGGUGGGAGGUAUAGAUGAAAUCGUCUCCGCAGAUGAAGCAGAUCAUAGUGACUUGAUGGAAGUCGACACGAGGUCGCAGCUUUCGAGCCACACAGUGCUACUAGCUGAGAAGUUUCCCGUCAUUCCGCCCACGCCAGCAUCAAGUCAGGCACGACAUAUGAACAAUCAGAACGCUUCACGCCCUGGCCCAAGUCUAGCUUCGGACCUUGAAGAUGCUUUCCUUGAGGAGUCCUUUGACAAAAUGACGUUUACAAAUGAGCCCGGUAUCGCAUUGACCCAGUCAGGCACCUACAUCCCUACUCAACCACCAGCAGGUCCUGCUAGUGCGGAACCUCAGUCAUUGAUCAUGAUGGCGCCUCUUGUUGCGCUCGAUGAACGGGAAAACGAGCCUACAUCACCACUACCAGCUAUACCUACUCCGUCUCCCACAAUAGCAAGCUCACGUCUUCCUACGAAUCGACAUGUUACUCGUCCCUCAUUCGAUACGAAUGCUUACGGGUCUCCAGAGAAGCGCACUCGGGGUCGUGCAGAACCGAGCGGUCUAACACGAGGAAGCAGCGCUCCACGACCUCGCGCCAGCAAUCGACGUGGCGCAACAAACACUGACUACAACUCGCGCCCUCAACCAGAUGCGCAAGGUCAGCAGAUCCCUCAGCGAGGUGCUCGACUGCAGCGGGGUGGUUAUCCUCGUGCUUCUCAACAUGCUAGCAGGCAAGCUACGGGUCGUGGAGGACGUGGCGCAUCAUCACAGUCACAGCGGAAUAACCUCAUCGACGUUGGAGUGCCUACAAGCAACACCUCGCCACGAAUACCACCGGGAUUUGAAGACCAUGUACCCUUGAUGCGCUCAACUGGCUCAGAAGACUGGGCACGGAUUGAUGGACCCAACAUCAUGGACGAACCAGUCGAUAAUACUUCCACGGCGUCGCCCGGAAAUCCCCCAAUCGAUGCUCGAUCUGGCAGCACCUCUGGAGAUUCACGGCUCAGAUUCAGUGAGGCAGGGUCCGAGUAUCGAGCAACUGCUAUUCCAAAACGCAAUCAGACACAGUUGAGAGAAAACAGUCUACGAGAAGCUAUGGAGGCUAUCGAAAACAAGAAGAGAUUGGAUGACAAUCCGCCACCAAUUCACUCCACGAUGCGCCAGCAGGGCAAGAACCCUGGUAAGAUCACAAAUCAACAAGAGACCAAAGCACAGAAGAAAGAACGAAUCGAGAAAGCGAAGCUCGAGGCUCAUGGUUCCGUACCUGUCAAAAAGGCCUCAAAACCAGAGAAAUCUACCGCUCCGCCUGAGCAAAUGAGUAAGUGGAAGCGACAGCAGAUGUCCAAAAAUCCGGCGAUAGCAGAAGCGCACCCCGAUUUUGUGAAGGACCAAGCCAAAGAUGAGCAGACUUCCAAGCUUAUCUCUGAACUAGAGUCGGUCUUUGAAGCCGCCAGAGCAUUUAACGGUCGGAUAUGCUUUGAAAUGUCUUUUGGCCAGGUUCUUGUUGCCCCGGGUCCCCAGUUUUUGGACAGGCGACUCAAGGACGUCGCCGACUGGUCCUCUUGGUUCGACUCCAAUAACAGACCAUCUCGGUCCUCGAGCACAUUCACGAACAUCCUGACUACUAAUGGUGCAGACGUUGAUCGUGCCCUGGAGAUCAAGAAUCCAGUACCAAGAGCAAGCACGAAACUUUGGAGUUCAAGACCUGGCCCAUGGUCCGUUAGCUACGAGUUCUCUUGUCAGAGUAAGUCGAAUGACGAGUUCUACGUCGUGGUCGAUCAAACUGGCAACCAUGAACUUCGAAAGGGGUUUGUCACUGUCGGCACAGUCAGCAUUCAUGUUCCAACAAGUAUUUGGGAUGCAUCAGCAAGUCUUUCGGGUCAUUUGAAGUGGGUCAAUCCGCCAGAGGUUUUGGUCAAGAGUGCUGCAGAAUUCGUCAAGUCGUUGUACGUGGUACCAGGCAAGGAGAAAUUGAUGAUUGUCUUUCGCCAACCGACCGACCACGAAAUCAAGAUUAGGAAUCUUAUCGUGAAGCGAGUCAGUUACCACUACUGCAACCAGCCCGGAUGCGAGGAUAUUCAACUCAAGGUCGUCGAGGCAAAGAGUCUACUCUUCAAGGUCCACCCGCAGGACAAGAAUUUAUGGCAAGGCUACGAAGCUGGCAAAGAGGACUACGCCAAACACGCAGAAGAGGGACGUACACAUUACGAGCUGUCUCUCGUGCACAAGGGAACUAAUCAAGCGCUCACGGCUAACGAAAACCUCGAGCUCGGCGAGUUGACUUCUGAAGAGACCACCGGGAAAAGUCUGCUUAAACGUCCUGUCAUCCGAAGUAUGCUGGAUCUGGCGUUGUACGUGGUCUCGAAGAUCGAUUGGAUGGGAAUGCACAACAUCGGGACGCAACGACGCCUCGAUGUCGUAGCGGAGGAACGCAACAGAGCAAUCACCGCGUCUCUCGGUCCAGCAGCUCAGAGCCGAUUGCAUGUCCCAACUCUCAUGCCCAACACUGUAGCGAGCCGUUACCCGACUGCGUCGGUCAGCCAGAUGCAUAUGGGCGGGGCCAGUGGUCACAGUCGAGUCGCGGGGACUAUGCAGAAUCAGCCUGUUCCCAUGCCUGUCCCUGGCGUUCGGAUGAAUACGCACGCCGAAAUAGUGCAGGCUGCAGAUGGGACGUUGUACGCUCGUGGUAUGGGUGGCGCCAUGGUUCCUGUUCCUACACCCGCUGAAGAUGCACUUGCUGGCACGUCGACUAUCAUGCCGGAUGACAGUGCUAGUCAGAUCGAUGGCCGUGCCGGUCGUGUUACGUAUCACACUGCUGGAUCGAGGUUACACUCAGAUCGUGGUCAGGGAUUUUGGUGA